GGCAAACAUGAGUUGCUUGACUGCUUGUCAUUGUCGGCAAUAGUCGCUAUACAAAAUUAUAAAUUAAAAUUGUAUCCAACAAUAGAAGCGAAAAUUUUUACUUUGUAACAUUGAAGUAGCUUAUGUUCUAAAAAAAAUCUUAAGCUAAAGUUUUAUUUAAUAUCAAAUAUGAGUUCAAUCGGUACCGGUUAUGAUCUUUCUGCAUCUCAAUUCUCACCUGACGGUCGAGUUUUUCAAGUUGAAUAUGCAGCAAAAGCUGUAGAAAACUCAGGUACAGUUAUUGGCCUUAGAGGAAAAGAUGGAGUUGUAUUUGCUGUAGAAAAAUUAGUGACAUCAAAACUUUAUGAACCUGGUGCCAACAAGAGAAUAUUUCAUGUAGAUGAGCAUGUGGGCAUGGCAGUCGCUGGCCUCAUCUCAGAUGCUAGGCAAAUAGUAGAAACAGCAAGAUCAGAAGCAUCAAGCUACAGAUCACAGUUUGGUGCUCCAGUGCCACUUAAGUACUUGAAUGAGCGUGUGUCUAUGUACAUGCAUGCAUACACUCUAUACAGUGCUGUCCGCCCAUAUGGAUGCUCUGUGAUCAUGGGCACAUGGUCAGAUUAUGAGGGACCACAAAUGUUCAUGCUCGAGCCCAGUGGAGUCUCAUUUUCAUAUUUUGGAUGUGCGGUCGGAAAAGCAAAACAAGCUGCUAAAACUGAGAUCGAAAAGUUGAAACUAGCAGACAUGACCAUAAAGGAAUUGGUGAAAGAAGCUGCCAGAAUCAUAUACCUGGUUCACGAUGAGCUUAAGGAUAAACAAUUUGAACUAGAAUUAUCGUGGGUAUCGAAGGAUACGAAAGGACGUCACGAGCUGGUACCGAAAGAGAUGGCGAUAGAGGCAGAGAAUCAAGCCAAGCAAGCUUUAGCUGAUAUCGAGGAUUCUGAUGAGGGAGAGAUGUAAAAACAUAUUUAGAUAAUAAAAUUUAUUACAAAAUUUC